UUUUUUCACAUCUCCCUUUAUUCAUCAGAGAGUCUAUUAGACCAGGGUUACAUGGAACCAAAUAGUAAUAAAUACGACGCCUGAUGUCAACUACACACUUAUUUAAUCCUCUUGCCAACAAAUCGCACGAGGAAGAACCGGUUAUAUAAAUUAUUAAUACUCUCCAGUUGUUUAAUCUCCUAAUAAUCUAGUGGAUAACCAAAUAUUUUUAAGUCAAUGUCAGUGCCUGAGCAGCCUCCUCCGAAUUUAUUAGAGUGCAUGCUUAGUGUGGAAAUAAAAAUGCAAAUUGUAAUUUAUGGAGUUUCGUUUGUUUCCCUUUGGGUGGGGUUCAACUGGCAUCUCGUACUUUCUCAGGACACAGAAAGUACAGACUUGGAUUUUAUUACCAGCAAGAAUAGCAGCACCUAUUCGUCCGGAGAAAUCGACGGUGACAACUCUAGCACGACGUCGACAUAUUUUCGAUUAUCAAAAUCCAUAAUUCCAACUCACUAUUCACUCCGUGUUAUCCACGUUCUCACCACGGGGAAUAAUUCAGACGGGACACAAUUUUAUUCUCCAGGGAAUGUGUCGAUAUUGAUAGAAGUGCUUCAUGAAGUUGACAAUAUCACAUUGCAUGCUGACGACAUGGAAAUUUUGGGUGUGGAGGUGACGAAUGCAUCAAACUUUAAUGUUCCUCUAAAGGAAAGACGCAUGGAAAAGGAGACGCAAUUUUUAGUUUUGAAACUGCAAAACCCAAUUCUUCCUGGUCAAUACAUGAUAAACAUUUCAUUCAUAGCCAGAAUUGCAGACGAUCGACUUAAUGGACUUUAUUUGGAUUACUACUUGGACCCAGUGACGGGGAUGAAAAGAUAUUUGGCUACAACACUCUUUGCACCAAAUCAUGCUAGGAAGGCGAUUCCAUGUUUUGACGAACCAACUCUUCGUGCUAUUUUCGAAAUUUCAAUUGGUCAUCCACAAAAUUACACGGCCCUAUCAAACACUCCAUCCGCUAAUUCUAGUGGAAUUUCGGUCGAAGGGUAUCCUGACUACGUGUGGACUUUUUUUCAUAAAACGCCACCGAUGCCAACUUACAUCGUGGCCAUGAUCACUUCUGACUUUGAAAAUCAGGCUGAAUCCUUCAGAGAUGGACGAGUGAAACUUCAAAUGUACGCACCUUCCCAUCUUCUUCGAUAUUCCAUCAAUUUAUCCACCAAUUUUGCAAUGCAAAUGACGGAAAAGGUGAUGCCUUGGAUGGAAUCUGAAUUUGGACAAGAGUACCCACUACCUAAAUUGGAUACCGUUUCUCUGCCGCACUUUUAUUUUUCUGCAAUGGAAAACUGGGGACUGCUUACAUUCAAGGACCCCGUGCUGCUCACAAUACCAAAUGUGACCACGGAUAAAGAGCGUGCAAGAGUUGCGGAAGUACUCGCCCAUGAAUUAGCGCAUCAAACCUUCGGCAAUCUGAUAACCAUAGCUUGGUGGGAUAAUGUUUGGUUGAAGGAAGGAUUCAGUACCUUUUACUCUGACGUAGCCGUAGAAGCCGUCCAUCCAGAAUUUCAUACGUUAACCCACUUUGUUACCUACAAUCUCCAAGUCGCCCUGCACUUUGAUGCCGGGCUGGAAACACACCCACUUUGCAAUCCAUUAAAUAGCUCUGAUGCAAUCGGGGACAUAUAUACUCGCAUCCCGUAUAAAAAGGGGGCCUCUAUUCUAAGGAUGACUGAAGCAUUCAUGAAACCGGAAUUGUUUCGUAGCGGAGUCAAAUUAUUUGUGAAUCAAAUGAAAUACAAAGCGGCGGCGCAAGAUGAUCUAUUUGCAGCGCUUGAAACCGUCGAAGCAGACGAAAAAAUGUCAACCUCACAUAAUGCCACAAUUGGAGAGAUUUUAAGAUCAUGGACUGAUCAAAGUGGGUUCCCACUAAUCCGCGUGUCCACCCAGUCGGAAGGACUUCUUAGAAUUACGCAGGAAAAAUUUGUAAAUCCACACGUUUCAUUAUUACUAAACCAAGAGAGCAAUAAAACAAGUGAAAACUCGACUUGGUUUAUUCCCAUCACAUUUUGGCCUCCAAUUCCGUCCACUGAUAACAACGGUUUAACUGUAAAUGUGGGAGAAAUAUGGUUAAAGCAGAGCGAGAUAUUUGUAGAUUAUCCUCAUCUAAAAACUCCAUUUUUUGUCAAUCCGGAUGCGAAAGGGUAUUACCGUGUUAUGUAUGAUCCUGAGAUAUUUGAUAGCAUUCAACAGCAAUUAUCCACAAACCAUUUCGCCAUGCUUCCCGUAACCAAGAGUCAACUUAUCGAUGACUACUUUGCUCUUUCGUUUGCAAAAUAUGUACAAAUUUCUGCUGCACUAAACUUGACAAGAUACCUAGAAAAUGAGAGAUCGUUAGUUGUCUGGUCCAGCGUGAUAGCCCAUUUCAACCGAAUUUACAGCCGGAUAAGGGACACCAACUAUUUACCCAAAUUUCAGGAAUACACUUUGAGUAAACUGAUCCCAGCUUGGAAUGCAUCCCUCUGUGACUUGGAGAACAAUUCGGAAGUUGACAUGACGGAAAAGAGACGCCUUCAUUCUCUUUUACUUGACCAUAUUUGCCUUUAUAAACCAUCCCAGUGCGCCCAGUUGUCCACUGACAGAAUGAAUUCUUGGAAAAAUCAUAAUAAACCGAUACCUGCAAAUGAGCAGAACACACUUUUUUGUGCAUUCGUAGCCACAUCCGUCAACCUGACUCAAGGAACAGAACGGAGUGAUUUCUUCCUAGAUUUAUAUCAUACCGAAUCAUUUUCCGUAAUGAAGGGUCGUUAUCUCAAAGCAAUGUCCUGUGCCACACACACCUCUCUUGUUUCAAGACUAUUAAACUGGACAACAAAAGCUGAACUUCAUGACGUAGACCGAGUGCAGAUUAUUAAGUUUGUGGCAGAGAAUGCGAUAGGCAAAACGCUUGUGCUUCCCUUCCUUAGACAACAUUUUUCCAGCCUGUACAAAAAUGCAAGUGUAGCAAAUCCUGUAGUAGAAGGUUUCAAAGCGUUGGUCCCUUACUCAACAACAACACGAGAGUUACAAGAUAUGGAAGAAUUCAUCAUUCAGUUUGGUGAAAAGUUAGGACCCGGAAAACGAAAAGCUUUAAAGAAAGAACUUACAAAAGUUAAAUUAAAUUUGCUUUGGACUAAUGAAAUUGGGCCGGAUUUAGGAGCGUGGCUAUCCAUAAAAUUAAAUGACUAACAACCAAGAGAUAAGUAAUUACAAGUGCAAUAAAUAAGUAUACAUAUAGACCAGAAA